AUGAACAUUCGCAGACUACGGGGUUUCUUAUUACAGAUUCAAGGUGGACCGCACCCCUACAAUUGGAGGAAAUAGCCAAAAUACACUAAUGCCGGGUGAAAUAUUGUGAUAUAAUUAUUCUGUAUGUUAUUUUAAAAGGAUUUUCACCCUUUUUAACUUUUUAUAAGGUUUUUUUUAAAUAAAUAAUUCACCAUGAGUAGUGAAUUAGAACAACUACGACAAGAAGCCGAACAGCUCAAGAAUCAAAUUCGAGAAGCCAGAAAAGCAGCAGCAGACACCACACUUGCACAUGCUACCGCCAAUGUCGACCCAGUGGGAAGAAUACAGAUGCGCACAAGACGUACACUGCGAGGUCAUCUCGCUAAAAUAUAUGCCAUGCAUUGGGCUUCAGACUCCAGAAAUUUAGUGUCAGCCUCACAAGAUGGUAAAUUAAUUGUAUGGGAUGGAUAUACUACAAACAAGGUACAUGCUAUACCAUUGAGAUCUAGUUGGGUGAUGACUUGUGCCUAUGCUCCAUCUGGUAGCUAUGUAGCUUGUGGUGGAUUGGAUAAUAUCUGUUCUAUUUAUAGUUUAAAAACCCGAGAGGGAAAUGUCCGUGUCAGUCGAGAACUACCAGGUCACACUGGUUACCUGUCCUGUUGUAGGUUUAUAGAUGAUAACCAAAUAGUGACCAGUUCAGGAGAUAUGUCAUGUGCAUUAUGGGAUAUUGAAACUGGCCAACAGACAACAGCUUUUACAGGACACACUGGUGAUGUUAUGAGUUUGUCACUCUCCCCAGACUUUAAAACUUUUGUAUCUGGAGCAUGUGAUGCUUCAGCUAAAUUAUGGGAUAUAAGAGAUGGUAUGUGUAGACAGACAUUUUCUGGACACGAAUCGGAUAUCAAUGCAAUAACAUAUUUUCCCAAUGGAUAUGCCUUUGCUACUGGAUCAGACGAUGCAACAUGUCGCUUGUUUGAUAUCCGUGCUGACCAAGAGAUAGGAAUGUAUUCCCACGACAACAUAAUAUGUGGUAUAACAUCAGUUGCCUUCUCCAAGUCUGGCCGUCUGUUGCUGGGUGGAUAUGAUGAUUUUAACUGCAAUGUGUGGGACGUUCUUAAACAAGAGAGAGCUGGUGUAUUGGCAGGUCACGACAAUCGUGUCAGUUGUCUAGGGGUAACCGAAGACGGAAUGGCUGUUGCCACAGGAUCAUGGGACAGUUUCUUGAAGAUCUGGAAUUGAGGAGGGCACACAUUGUAGCCCCCCUCUAUUUUAUAAUCCUGACUAUAAUUUUUAAAAAUGACAAAAAAUCCACUGGAUCUGUUGUGAUUUUAGAACUAGAAACAGAUCUUGAUCAAACCACUUGUAUAUGUUUAGGGGGGGAGGAGUGUAAAUCUGUGGAUGGAAUUCUGUUUGAUGUUUAUCAUGUUUGCUUUAUAGUUAGGAUACAAACCUUUUGAAAAGGAAAUCGGAACAACAUAUUUUACAUUGGAUAUAAAGGAGAAUAAUUUCGCCUGUGAAUAUCUAGUGUAAUUGGAAUAGAAGACGUCAAACAAUUAAAUGUUUCAUUGCAUUUUUAACAUAUAACAGAAGAUCUUGGGAUAUUUUCAAAGAGUGGAUGUGACCAGAUGUGCUUGGUUAUGUGUGUUUCUUAUUUUGAAAAUCGUGCACUUAGAACAAAUUUAAACUGGAAACUUGGCUGUGUAUUACCGUUCUAUUGCAUAACACCAUGUAGUUCUUACUCUAGUUUUCUUUUUUAAAGUGCUUAUAAAUAUUGAUUUUGUGAUUUCUUGCACUGUGUAAUAAUCAUCUUAUUGUAUAAAAUCAUAGGAUUACACAGAUUAAAUAGAGUACCAGUUGAAAACUGGAAGCAGGUAUACUAUCGUUAAAUAGUAUAGUUGUAGUUAUGUGCAUUUUUUUCAGGUUGAAUCUCUUAAAUAAAAAGAACUAAAACGUCAAUUCACUUAGAGUGAAUGAGCCGAAAAAAAUAGUACUUGUAUAUAAAAUUGAAAAAUUUUCAAAAAAUUAUCAGACCCAAGUAUAAAAAUAUUGUUAAAAAUAAUAUUUUCAAAACUAUUUGAUUUCACACGGUUUCAAAAGUAAAAUACAUGUUAAUUGAGCACCACUUUUGUUCAGAAAGAAAAUGUAUUUUUAAAUGUAUUACUGAUAUUUUUCAUUCAUUUUUAAAUUGAUUUGCAAACAGUUUGCAUGCUAGGAGUGCAAAGAUUUUGCCAAUGAAAUAGUGCAAUGGUAUAUAUAUAUAUAUAUAACUUAAUUUUACAUGGGAUUGUAUUGUAUGAUUUGAAUUUUCUGUUUGUUUGACACUGAGUAAUAUCUUGUGUAUGUUUAUUUUCUAACGUUCUAUAUAUAAAAGUCUCAAAUUUCUAGCCAUUACAUUUUUCUCUAUUUAAUGUUCUUGUCAUGUUUUAUAUUUAUGUAAACUGAGUUGUUUCGAAUGCAUUUUUUCUUGUCUGGAAAAAAUUUUAAAAGCACCAAAAGUUUGAGGUGAAAAAUUCAAAAAUAAUUCAUGAUUUGAACUUCAAAAUUUGACCUUUAUCAGGGAGGUUGGAUUCAGGGUUAUAUGUAUGUUUAAAUAACAGCAUAUAUCCUGUAUAUUUAUCUGUAUGAAAGGUGUACGAACGUUGAGGAUGUUCAGUUCAAAUAUUUUUGAACAGUCUGUCCCAGUUAAUUAUAUUCUGAAUGUAUGUAGAUAAAAUAUAUAUAUGUAUUCUUAUUAUAACUUUAAAUCAUGUUUUUAUGGCAGAUUAAUUUUCUCCCACCCCCUUAGUUUGUAUGAGCACAUGUAUAAAUGUAGUUCUGAUACGAUACGUUAACACGAUCAUUCAUGAGCUCAAUACUUGUGAGUUUUUUUUUACAAAAAAAUCUUAAUGAGAACAAAGGCUUGUUAAGGAAUGAACAUUUCAGUUCAACUUACGAUCAAUUUUAGUUGUAAGAUUUUUUGUGAAAAGAGCCACGGAUAAGUGUUAAUAUUAACAGUGUGUACUAAUGGACCAUAAUAAUUUAUCAUUUCAUAAAACUAGCACAAUAUGGUAUACUGUACAUUGCAUCUAUAAUUUAUAAAAAAGCAGAAAGAUUCAGGUUUUGAUAAUACAUGUAAAUGGUUAACAAAAGGGGUUGUACAAAAUUCUCAAAAAGCAAUUUCAAUUUGUCAGUUCAUCGAAUCUAAAGAACAGAUUUAUAGAAUAAUUUUAGAUAAUAAUUGAAAAAAUUGAAAUACCUGUACAUGUAGUUGUUUCAAAGUACAUGUGAUAAUUUUUUGCAAUCCCAUACAUUUAUAAAUUUUUUGUCUUUUGCAAAUUAUUUUAAUUUUGAUUCUAAUUUUGCUUAUAUUUAAGUUGAAUGGUAGUGUUGUAUGUAUAGCCAUUACACAUAAACAGUUUCUGUCAGUUAUUUAGAUGAUUUUUUUGAUUUUUUCUUAUGAAAUUUUCUGCAGAUCGAAAAAGUGAUUCAUUGAGUCUUUUUCAUGAACAGUUAAAUUGUUUGAGAGAUUUAAGUAGUUAAAAGCUAAAAGUGAUUACAUAGUAAUUUGUGUAUCUUUAGUCAGUCUUAAAGUGACCCAUUUCAAUUUGACUUGAAAAGAUUGAAGACAAAAUAGUUUCCAUUGGAAUUAUAUUUAAAGUCUGUUUGAGUCAUUUUAUUUCAGAAAACAUUGUCGUAUUGAUAUUGGCUUAGACAAGUAAACAAUCUUACUUUUCCUCAGAUAUAAUUUAACAACUGAGCAGGGUUCUCACUAAGAUAACUCCAUGAGUUCUGGACUAACAGACAGUAAGCUGGACUCACCAUUUUCUGAACAGAUGAGUUCCAAGUUUCAACAACCAUUUGUUAACUGGAAAAAAUUGAAUUAGAAACUUAAAUCUAAUUUAGUUCAUCAUGUAUAGAACAGAAGAGUUUAUAAAUAAUGAAAUAACUUGUUUAAUGCUUGAAAACAUCAACGUUGACUUUUUCAGAACUGUGGAUUCACAAUGGAGUGGCCAAAACUGACAAAUCACGUCCCUGGACUCAUCUGGAAAUUUCUUAGUGAGGACCUUUCAAUUAGGUUAAACAGGUUUCAAAGAAACAGGUUCUCUUCAAAACUACAUUAUGUAACAAAAUCUGAAGUAAUGAAAUGGACUUUUUAACAAAUCUGUGUCUUACCCUUAAUAUCACAAGUUUAAAUGCAUACCAUGUCUGUAAUUUGUGGCAUUAGACUGCCACUUAUAUUACCAUGGCAACCCCUGCAAUUACUAGUCUUAACACACAUUAUUAUUGUUGAAUCUGUCUAGAAUGUGUAUUUGUACUUUUCAUUUGUCAAAUAAAGCUUUUUGUCAUUAA